CUUUUAUUAUGUAAGUAAUGGCGUCAUGAAUGUGCGUCGCGUUCCCGCGUCUGCUCUGAGGGGAGAAGAAAUGAUCGUUUUUAGACGUCUAAAGUGUUUACAUGCUCAGAAAAGCGCUGUGGUGAUUUUAGCACUAUUAAAUGUGAUAUUUUAAAGCUUCAGCUGAGAGCUUUGAGAGUUGUUUAGCGCGAGUAAAGCGCGUUUACACGCAGAAGAGCUUAUUUAGCUCCCUGCAUCGUCAUUCAGCUCAUCACAAACACCAAUUCACACACUAUAAACUCCUGCUUAAGCGAGUGUAAAGAUGGCGUUUAUUAAACAGGAGAGCGAAGACAUCAGGAUUGCAGACGUGUUCACACUGAAACAGGAAGAUCCUGAGAGGACUGAAGAAACAUUCAGAGUCAAACAUGAAGAUCCCGAGCAGCUAACAGACCUGAAGCCACCCAAGGUGGAGGAUGAAGAGGAGGAUGAGUUUGACUUCAUGACUAUAGUCGAGUCUAAACGUGCUGCGAAUGCUGACACCACCAGCCAUUUCUCCUGCCAGGAGUGUGGAAUGGGCUUCAGCCAAAAGAGAGAUUUAAAAGACCACGUGAGGGACCACACCGAAAGACCCUACACAUGCCCCCGCUGCGGACUGAGCUUCACGUUAAAGCGCGAUCUUCAGAAUCACCGCAUCACUCAGCACUCGAUACAGCCCUCGAUAUGCGGCCAGUGUGGGAAGCAUUUCAGGACAGAGGACAAACUCCUGUCCCACAUGAAGACUCACACCGGAGAGCAGCCGUUUGUCUGUGGACACUGCGGGAAGGGCUUCACCAUCAAGAGAAGCUAUCAGUAUCACAUGACGCUCCACAUCGAGGAGAAGCUGCUGACCUGUGAUCAGUGCGGGAAGAGAUUCUCCCAUGAGAUAAGCCUGUACCACCACAGGAGAGUCCACCAGCCCAAAAACGGCUGUUUCGUAUGUGAGCUGUGCGGGAUGAAGUUCAAGAGGAAAGACCACCUGAAAGCCCACGAGAGAGUUCACGUCGCCGGCAGCCCUUACGUGUGCGUGCAUUGCGGGAGGACGUACAGGACCAAAGGCAACCUAACGCAACACGAGAAGAGGACUCACGCAACAACUGUGUGCGCAGAUCUCCAGACGCCAUCUUCAGAUGUUUAACUACAGAGAAAGCUCAAACUCAAUUCCUGGAGCGCCGCAGCUCUGCAUCGUUCAGCUCCAACUCACACCUGCUCAAGAGUCUCUGGCAGUCCUUCAUUAGGGGAUCAGCUGUGUUCGAUUAGGGUUGGAGCUUAACUGUGCAGAGCUGCGGCCCUCCAGGAAUCCAGCUCGAGACCUGUGAUGUAAGCAGACGAAAUCUAUCCUCACAGAGAUGAGGUAUAUAAAUACUCGAACUGGCGACCUUCUUGCAGUGAGGCCACCACUAAGGCACCCAAGUGGUAGAAGUUAUAACAAGGGUUAAACAGAACACUGUUUAUAGAGAAACGUCCAUCAGGUUUGUGUGAGUGGAGUGAGGGGAGCAUGUCAUUUAGCACUGCGUUUAUUUACUAUGAAGCGCCAAAAGGUUGAUGAAAGAGUGAAGUAAACUCCAGUUUCAUUAUGUGUAUCAUACAACAAUUGAGAAAAAAGAUUAGUGACUAGUUUGAGAAAUAUCUAUUAAUUAUUUUCAAGCUUUUAAUCGUUCUUUCUCCGAUUAAAAUGAGCAUCUUUAA